GGCUCCUCCCCGCCUCGCCUCGCCUCUCGGCUGCCACCAGCCCGGCGCCCUAUAAAGCACCAGCCACGGCCGGCCCCGCAUCGGCCCCAUGGAGGAGCGCGCGGGCCCCGCCGAGCUGGAGAGCGAGAAGGAGGGGAAGAAGCGGCGGCGGGGGCGAAGCGCCGGGUAGGGAGCCCGCUUGGCCGGGCGCGGAGGCGGCGCCCUCCACUCCUGGCCUGGCUUUUGUUUUGUUUUGGGAGGGCGGACAAUCCAACUUAAAUCGGGUGUCCUGGAGGGGCGAUCCGGCUUUAAAAGGGUGUCCUGGAGCGGCGCCCCGGUGCGCUGCCUCGCCCCCACGGUGGUGGAAACGAGGCGCUUCCUGCCCCGCGCCCAUCACCGUGGCGGCUGGUCUGGCCGGGGCUGCGUCAAGGUCACGAGCGCCAGCAGGUGACAGCGGAGGGGGUGGGGAGCGAGGCCGCGCCCUCGGCUUCCUUAGGCGGAGCAGGAGUUGAACUCUGCCCCCCCGCGGGUCUCCGUCGGGGGCGACUCCCCCCCCCCUCCGCUCAGUCCUCCUUGUAGAGUCAGCGAGGCGGGGCGGAAGUGGCGCGUUCCUGGGUUCAGGUGGGGCAGCCCUGGCUGGAGGUGCCUCCAGAUCGAGGUUAGGGAAAGCACAUGACUGGGAAGUGGGCGAGAUUCUUUAGUGGGGCUCUGCUGCCUGUUUCUGUCCCAUGGAGCCUCCUGUACCCCACGCUUGAGUUGUGGCUAAGCAGUCAGGAGUGCUCCAGCCUGGACCUCUGACUCCCUCCUGAAGUCUGGCUAUAACAGCUGUUCUCUUUUCCUUUGCAGCUCUGGCAUGUGAAUGAGGAACAGAUUCUGCCCAGAGGAGAAAAGGAUGAACUUAGGCGGCCUUUCCACCGCCCCUCAGGGUGGCUUUGCCCACUGGCCUGAGCCUCUGCCCUUAGCGAAGUGCCUUGGUGGCAGUGGGCAGGAGGAGCCUGGGGGGAGCUCCAUGCAGGAGAGUGGCUACUUGAGCCUGAAGGGCCCAAGCCCAGAGGAGUCUGACGCAGACCUGGAGUCAUGGAGCUCCUUGGAGCAGGACACCACUGAAACGCAGAUGAAGGUGGACUUCUUCCGCAAGCUGGGCUACUCCUCGGAGCAGAUCCUGGCUGUCCUCCAGAAGCACGGCCUGAACGCUGACACCAACACGGUCCUCGGGGAGCUGGUCAAGCAUGGGAUGGCCACGGGGGAGAGGGACCCUGCUGAGGCGCCCCAGGACACCCCCGAGGCACCGCUCGUCCCACGAGGGGGUGCAGCAAACCAGAGCCCCACCCGUGCCGCACCUCUGGAGGGAAAGGACGGAGAGAACUUGCGCCCCAUUGUCAUUGAUGGGAGCAACGUGGCCAUGAGGUAGGGCCUUGUCUGUGGUGGCUCGUUCCCUCCCACGUGGGAGAUGCUUGCUGGCUGUGGCGCCUGCCUUGCAGGGGGUUGGACUAGAUGGCCCUUUGGGUCCCUUCCAGCUCUAUGAUCCUGUAAGCAGAGAGUGACACCUUAAAUGCCCAACCUGGCUGUUCUUUUUAAGCCCAGAUGUCAAUAUUCUAGGGAGCGGCCUAGUUCUUUGCCUAUCCUCUCCAUCUCUGUGUACUUUCCCUCUGUAGUGGUUUCAUGACCGGCUCGUGGGGCGUUGACAGAGCUUGAUGUCACAUGGCUCUGAAAAGCAGGGUGGUUGUUGGGUUUUUUCACGCUGUCAAGUUCCUUCCUGUGCCUGAGGAAAGGGGGCAGGCUUUCUCUCCUUCUGACCAUGGAGUGAUGGGGCAAGAGUUGUUAUUGUGGUGCUUGGAACUGGUGGGAGGGGGCAGAGGUUCUGACCUGCUCCUCUUCCAGCCUCCAGCCAUAUGAAAGGCCUCGAGCGCGAGGGAGAUUGCUCAGGACCCGUGUUGCACAGCUGGCAAGCCAUGCUCUGCUGUUUUGUAAGAAAUAAGCUGCUUGAGAACCAACACGUCCACUUCCUUAAGCAAGGGGAGGGCCUAGUGCUACAAGUUUGUAUGUUUUAGUUCCUCUCACUGUGGGCAGGAUCCUCUGCCUUGCUGUGAGGGAAAGGCCUGUGUUUGUGUGUCCUGUUUUGUCCAGAGGGCAAGAUCCUGCCCUGUGUAGAUAUGGUGGUCUUAUAUUUAUAUCCUGCUUGUCAGCUGAGGCGGUCUCCCCAGUUUGACAAUAAAAUCCAGGCAAAAAUUACAAUGGGGAUCUGGUGUGUUGUGUUGUGGUGCGUGGUUAUUGUAUCAUAUCUUGUCGCCUGACAGUGGGUGAUACAAUCCAGGGGUCUCUGCUCCUGAGGGAUGGGGCGGAAGCAGCUGCAGAUGGGGAGUGGAGAGGAGCUGAUGGCAAAGAUGUCAGCCUCCUGAAACAGCAACCCUUCCACUGAGAGGAGAGUUACCUAACUUUUUUUAACAUUAAGUUUCAAGCCCAGGAAUCUGCCUGGCAAGUUAAUUUUACUCCAGGGUUAAAAGAGGUGGUGGCAGCAUACAGGUUGCUUGUUAAUGCUUUCACAGACAAGUUAGAACACUGAUUUCUGGAUUUCUAUGACGGAAUUGUGCUUGUAAGGAAGCAUCUGACCAAGCAGGUUCCCUGCUCUAUAGUGAUCACUUCUCUCUUGUGGUUGUUGCUCAUCUAAGAGCUGUGAUGUGAUGUGAUGUGAUUUGAUUUGAUUUCAAAGGGGUGCAGCGGGCGGAGGGGGGGUGCUUCUCAGGUGGAAGAGGCAGCAACCGUGGGGUAGGAAGGCCAGUUUCCCCCUGCAGGAGUUCUGGGCAUGUCUUGGGGCAGAUUUGUCCUUGCUAGUUUGCUUGUUUUAACCCACCCACCCCACCUACAACCUUCCAGUUGUUAAGAGAGCAUAAAACACUCGCCUCAAAACUACCCUUUGUGCUGAUUCAUAAGUUUCCAGGGCCCAAAAUGUACCUGCCCCUUUCCCAGAAGCACCUCAGGGCCACUGGAUGUAGCCCCUCUCUUGAAGGCACCCUGAGCAAAAGAAUCCUAAAACCUUUAUUUGUGUCAGCGCUCCUUCCUGGAGUCUGCCUGUGGCCAGGAAAAACAGAGAAUGAGAAUAAUGUGGGGAGUGCCUCUUUGAGUAAACUAUAAGCUGAGUGUAUUCCCCUUACUUGAUACCCAAAGUGCCCCCCCUCAACUGUGGAAUUUGGGGAAGCAACUCCCAAGUUACUGGCUGUAGCUUGUUGACAGAUUUAAGCACUUGCCAGUCAUUUAAGAAGUUAAGCGAUGGCAAACUCUCAUGUUCCUGCCAAUGAGAGAAAACCUUUUUCUCAAUUACUUAUGAGCUGGCGCUCUUUGGUUUUGAAAGCCACGAUUCUGGAAUGCCAAAUUCUGUGUGAUUGAUUCUGGAGUAUCCUUGUAGCAGAGAAUAUACAGUGGUACCUCUGGAUGCGAACGGGAUCCAUUCCGGAGCCCCGUUCGCAUCCUGAAGCGAACGCAACCCGCAUCUGCACGGGUCAUGAUUCACCGCUUAUGCAUAUGCACGUGAUGUGAUUUUGAGCGUCUGCGCAUGCGCGAACGGGGAAACCCGGAAGUAACACGCUCCGUUACUUCCGGGUCACCGCGGAGCGCAACCCGAAAACACUCAACCUGAAGCUACUUCAACCCGAGGUAUGACUGUACACAGUCCAUGCUGGAUGUUCUCUGAAUUUGGAGAAGUCCCCAGGAAAACAGUGCUGAUUUGAGAGUUAGCUGCUAGAAUAGGGACAUCCCUGCAGCCCUUCAAAGGGAGAGAGCUUUUCCUCACCUGGCCUAGUGAGGUUGAGAGCCUGUUAGAAGUUCUAACAUUGAUCAGGGUAGUGGAGGUGAGAAUGGCAUCUUAAUUCAUUCUGGGAUCAUAGUGUGUGUGUCCCCCCACACCCCAAUAGGCAGCUGCACAGCAUCCUUACUGUAGUGUUCAGAUACCUCCUGCCCCCUUUGCCCCAAGGCACUGGUGGUGUUAGGAACUUGGCAUAGUUAAACUGUGGAACUCGCUCCCACAGGAGAAAGUGAUGGCCACCAACCCAGAUGGCUUUAAAAGAGAAUUAGACAAAUUCCUGGAGGAGAGGGCUGCUAGCCAUGAUGGUUAUUCUCCACAGUUAGAGGCAGCCAUGGUUCUGAAUCCCAGUUGCUGGAAACCACAGGAGGGGAGAGGGUUCUUGAACUCGGGUCCUGCUUGCUGGUUCCCCAUUAGGGCAUCUGGUCAGCUGCUGUCGGACUAGAUUGGCCACUGGCCUGAUCCAGCAAGGGCCUAUUUAUUUUUUUAUGGUGGAAAUGGGCAAGCAGCAGUUGCUACCCUCAUUUGCUCCUUGAUCACAGUUAAGGUUUCAGGGUUUUUAUUGCCUGCCUCCUGUCCAUCAGACCCUCCUAAAGGAGCAGGGUGGAGGGGGAUUCAAGUCCUACACAAGUGUGCUGUUAAUUAGUUUUGUUUCUAAGGUUUGUUUGUUUUUUGCCUUGCUAUUUUUAUAUAAACAAGCAGCCACCAGGACCCAGGAAGAGCAGGGCAGUUUCAGAGCCAGCUUCCUGUUCAGAGUGGAAUGACGAACUGCUGUGUUCGUUUUUGAUUCACCCUCCCCUGGAUAAUACUCAAGGCAACUAUAUGCAAAUCUCAGAGGGGUGAGUGGAGGAGAACUGGCCUCCACUUCCUUCUAAGGGAAUUUUUCACAGUUGUUGCCACAUCAGAUGAGUCUGCUGAGCUCCUUCGCAAGCCGUUCCACAGGAGGCUUCUAGGAAACAGCAUGCAAAUUUUCUCCAGCAGCUGCAAUAAGGAGAAGAGGGUUUGGUAGUUAGUUGCUCUUAGAUCCUCAAGAAAGUUUCAGUUUUGACUUGUGGGAUUUGCUUCCCAUAAUACUGUUUCGUAUUUUAAUAUUGACUCUGUCUUUCUCUCUACUGUCAACUUUCAAGAAGGUUUAGUAUCAAAGGGUUUGGAGGACGUGAGAGGGAGCCCCUGGAAAGUUGACAUUUCUCCUGAUUAGAUAGAUGGAUGGAUAUUUUUAUAAGAUUUUGUUAAAGCUAUUUCAUAAUACAAUAAGGUUUUAGAAACCUAAUCUAACUAAAAACAGAGGAAGAGAAAAGAAAAUGCAGAGUCCUCUCUCAAAGGCAGCUCUUGUUGCUCACAAAAAGUGGUAAACCCUCCCAGCUCCCACCUGGGAGCUUUCCUUUAUACCGCCUGCCUCUCACCCUGGGAGAUCUUCCCUUCCCUGCCUCUCACUCAUGGUUCUUCUACCAGCCAGCCACCACCUUCAUGUGUGUGUAAUCCUUGGACUCCAAUAAUGGCCCAGAGCAGAGGGCACCAAAGAAAAAGAAAGAGAAGGAGAAAGAAUUAAAAGGACUUUCUAUUUUCUGCCUGUCAGUUACAUAAAAGAAAUUAUUCAAAACAUUCACUCUAGGAUGAUAUCCAACUGGAUGGUUUUGAAAGAGGAUUAGACAAAUUCAUGGAGAGAGAGGGCUCUUGAUGGCUCCUCGCCAUGAUGGCUGAGGCCACAGCUGGACUCAGCAGUGCUUCUGAAUCCCAGUUGCUGGACACUGCAGGAAGGGAAAGUGCUCUUGUGCUUGAAUCCUGCUUGCAGGUUUCCCUUUGGGGCACCUGUUUGGCCACUGUGAGAACAGGAUGCUGGAGUAGAUAGAACAUUGGCCUGGUCCACCAGGCUCUUCUUAUGUUCUUAAUGUUGCUUUUCCUCCUCUAGCAUUAGAGCAGGCAUAGGCAAACUCAGCCGUCCAGAUGUUUUGGGACUACAAUUCCCAUCAUCCCUGACCACUGGUCCUGUUAGCUAGGGAUCAUGGGAGUUGUAGUCCCAAAACAUCUGGAGGGCUGAUUUUGCCUGUGCCUGCAUUAGAGCACCUUGCACUGAGGGAUUAUCCACACUUACCUUUCGUCUGUGUUUUACAGGCACAGUCCAAGCUUUAUAGCUCCAGGUCCAAGCAUCAUCUAUCCCAACAGGGGUGCCAAGUAGGUCAUCUCCAAAACUACCCAUGUGGGGGGGGCGGCGUGGUAUUUGCAGAAAAAGAGAUUUGCCAACCAUUUGCAUAAGCUAAAAGGUUUGUCUUAUGAUGUAAAGUAGGAUGUGGAAAAUUAACUCCUCCUUCCAAUAUUGACAGCUUCAUCUUUUUAAGUGAGAAUGAAGUUGAGAGGUCCCCCCCAAAUAAACUUCCCAAAAUGCCACAUUAAACCCGUGUGAAUACACUUGGGGAAUAUCUAAAGGAAUACUACAAAGCACAUGAAUUAUCUGUGGCAAAAUAUUCAAUUCAAGCAUAUUAACCUUAUCCCAAAUACUAAGUCUAAGCCCAUCUUUCCAAAUCAAGAGAUAUCUCUGUCAUCAGUCUGUUUAAAUUCAGUUUAAUUAAUUGAGAAAUAUCUCUAGGAUCCAAAAUACUGAAAUAUGUUACCUCUGGGUACCAACAAAAUUGCCAGUUAGUCACAUAAACCAGAUAACUUAAUAGUGGCAUGAAUUUGGAUUUUAAAUAAUUCAUUGUAUAGGCAGAAAUUAGGCAAAAAUUAAUAGAUUUUAUUAGUUUAUAUAGACUAUUGGAGUCUGCUAAUAAUAAAUACUGUAAUAAUCAGUCAUCUGCAUACAUAGCUGCUUUAAAUUCCAGUUUUUUCAUGCACCAAACCAGGAGUGUCUUCCCUGUUCUGGCAAAUUGCACACCCUAAUGGCACUAACCAUGAAUAUAACGGGUGAAAUAGAUUAGCCCUGCCUUGUAGCCCUCUCUAUACCAAACUCACUCAGAUGAAUUCCGUUUGUCGAGUCCACCUGGGGGGAGAGAGGUGUAAGAUUCUACUCCCAAUUCAUAAAUUCUUGUGGAAACGCACAUUUUUUUCAAAGUUACAGAAAUAAACUACCAAUGUAUUUUAUCAAACACUUUUCCAGCAUCAGGAAAAAUAGUUGCAGCCCAUCAGUUCUUUUUUUUUAAAGAAACAAAGAUUUGCUACCAGCUUAAAUCAUCUGUUCCCUGCCUUUGGCAAAUAAAGUCCGCCUGAUCUAGCUAUACAAACAGCCUAAAAUCUGUUAGCAAGGAUUUCUGUUAAUACCUUGGCAUCUACAUUCAUUAAGGAGAUUGGCCUAUAAUAUGCACAGCUAAUGUGGUCUUUAAUGGGCUUGGGAAUAACAGAGAUGUGAGCAUCAUACAGUGAAGAUGGGCUAGGCACCCAAUUCGGAAGCAUGGCUGAGUAAUCGCACCACUGUGGUGUGUAGUGUGUUACAGUGUGGUGUAGUGGUUAGUGUGUUGGACUAGGACCUGGGAGACCAGAGUUUGAAUCCCCACUCAGCCAUGAAGCUCACCAGGUGGCCUUGGGCCAGUCACUGCCUCUCAGCCUCACCUACCUCAGAGAGUUGUGGGGAUUAAGUGAGGAGGGGGAGGACAAUGUACAUGUCACCUUGAGCUCCUUGGAGAAAAAAGUAUGUUAUUAUUAUUAUUUAUUUUAUUAUUUAUUAAAUUUAUAUACAGUACCACCCUAUACCCACAUGUUUCAGGGCAGUUACAACAUAAAAUCACAAAUAAAAACACAAAAUACAUUAUAGAAAUAAAAACAAAAACAACCCAAUAACCCCCCCACACACAAACACACAUUUUAAAAGGGCAUUGGAUGUCAAUCAGCCAAAGGCCUGGUUAAAGAGCAACAUUUUUGCCCGGUGCCUAAAGGUGUGUAAUGAACCAGCCGAACCUCCCUGGGGAGAGCAUCCUACAAAUGAGGAUAUAAACGCAAUAAAUAAAUAAAUUUUCUGAGAUAAGGGGACAGGUGACUUGGUCACAGGCAGGCGCUGGUCUCUCUGCAAGCAGAAUCGUCAUUGCAUGGCAAGAAAGGGAAGGAAAUGAACUGUUUUUUUGAAAGCAAUUAUCUCAAUUGACCGCUUGCAUGAUAUGGGGUUGGUGUUUGGAUUAGUUGGGCUCCUUCCAAGGGCUGAUGGGCUUUACCUAGCUGUAGAAAAAGGAUCCACCUGUUCAUUGGGCAGGUCUUGAUUUCAGUGCUAAGGACCUCUUCUGAUGCUCUGAGGGAGCUUUUCAGUUGUGGCCCCUUGGCUAUAGAACAUGUUUCCCAAAGAGACCUGCCUGGUGUUUGGAGGGGGUCUUUUUGUUGCCAGACAUCAUUCUCCCAGGCUUGGGGGCCCUUCAGGCUUAGAAAUUGUUAUAGAUAUUACAUUGCAUUCUAUCAUUACAUCAUUGUGUCUGAAGCUCCAUUUCGCGAACUCCCCAGAGAACCUGCAGGAAGGAAGCCAGCUGAUAAACAAGCGCUGCCGGUCCUUCCUUGAGCCCUUUUGGAAAAGGGGCCCUGAAGCCAAGAGAGCAUCCUGCCUGCCCUGUGGCUACGGAGACCUUGGAACCACCAAGGGCAACCAGGGCAGGUGUGGCUUCCUGAGGUUCCUCCUGUUUCUCUCUUGCUUUUGAAAGGCCAGCGUCUAGAAACCAUGAUCAUAACAGGAAGCUCUGGAAAAGACAUCAGCACCCCAUUAAAAUAUAAGGCACUCUCUUAGUAGAAAGUCAUAUUUUCUUCCCAUCAGGAAUUCUGUCAAGGAUUUCUUUAGCUGUGAUUAUUUCUACGUUGCAAGGGGUCAGACAAGAUGACCCUUGGGGUUCUUUCCAAACCUGUGAUCCUAUGAUCAUCCCCACCCGACCCCUAAUUUAAAUCUUUUGGGGUGUGGGUGAUCAAAAAGCUAUGGGAACAUUUCUUUCUGCCAGAAGGAAUUAGCAUAUUCAGCCUAUGCAAAUAUUACUUGCAUUAUGGGGCUCUUUGUGGGGGAGCAUUUCUCAGCUUCACCUCUGCUGGGUCCUUUUUUCCUUCCUGCUUGGCGCACGUGCUAAUUGCACAAAGGCUUUGGACAGAAAGUGGAUUUCACCCUCUGAUGAAACUGCCCAGGGAACGUAAGCUGGUGGCGCUGGACUGUUGCCCAGAGAGGAGCAUCUGACCUGGCUGCUUCUUGUGGGAGAGGCUGGGAUUUGGAAGUUUUUCCCCUCCAUGUCAGAGUUGUGGGCGGGGAAGAGGUUUGCCAGAUGCAGUGACUCCACAGGGAAGAGGCUGUGCUCUGUGCAUGCCAAAGGGGAGACCGCAGUGUACUAGUUUGGGAGGGAUUGAGCGCUCCUGGCAUUCAAAGCCGCUUUCCUUGGUUUAGGUGCAGUUAGAAAACUUUGCACUGUGUCAGUGUGCAUGUCCUUGAGCCCCCAGCUGGAAAGAUUGGCGUUGGGAAGGACAGAUUCCUCUCCCAACUCCCCCUUUCCACUUCCUCUUGGAAAGGGUACUUAGUUGGCAAGAAAAGUCUGCCCUGUGUUACCCAGACUAGUUCCUGCAGGAGCUCAAUCCAUAUCCACUGCAUACCUCAACUUAUCAGCGAUGAUGUUGUACAUUAACCCGGAGACCGUUUCCAGAGAGCUAAUUUGAGCAGGAAGAGAACAAAAGGGAUUGGGAGGGGGGAGGCUGGUGCAAAUGGCAAAAGGGCAGAGCAGGCAGUGAAGGGCACGCUGAGGAUGAGAUCCAGGGCUCGCAGUGUCCAAAAGUGCUUUAACAGACCUCUUCCACUCAAAAGAGCGGGCUGUUAGUCAGGAUAGCGAUGUUCUGCCUCCACAGUCAAGAGGUCAGCAAUGCUUCUGAAUACCAGCUGCUAGAAACCACAGGAGGGGACGGUGCUCUCAUGCUUGAAUCCUGCUUCCAAGUUUCCCAUGAUGGGUAUCUGGUUGGCCAGUGCGAGAAGAGGAUGCUGGACUACUUGCGCCAUUAGAUGAUCCAGUAGACUUUUCUUGUGAUUCCCCCAACCCCACCCCCCGACACACAUAAAAACAUAUUGUUUCACAUUGUUUUGUGUAUCUGUAUCAUUUAUAAACCAUGAUGGCAGAGAGGGCUAUAGAGGGCCACUAACCAUGAUGGCUAUGUUCUGCCUUCAGAAGCAGCAAUGAAUCCCAGUUGUUGGAAACCACAGGAAGGGAGAGGGCUCUUGCACCUGGGUCCUUUAGCGGGUUUUCCGCAGGAAUCUGGCCGGCCAUUGUGAGAACAGGAUACUGGCCUAGAUGAGCAUUUGGCCUGAUCCUGCUAGCUCUUCUUAGGGGUUGCUGGACUGGGUGGCAGGGCUGAAUUCAACAUUUAACUUAAGGAAUAUUCGCUCCAAUAAUGAGGACAAGGGGCAUCCCAGUGAUGUGGGGAAGGUCAUGGGUGUUCAGCAUCUCCUUGUGAGUUUUGACUUCAAAUAAUAGCAGGGCACAGAGUUUGCCCAGUGGAUCUCCUCUGAGGUUUCUUCUGCCUUCAUGACACACAGGUCAUGUGGGAACCUGAACAUUGAACCUGUCAAUCUUUGUAUCUUUGCAGCCACGGGGACAAAGAUGUCUUCUCCUGCCAGGGCAUCUUUCUGGCGGUGAAGUGGUUCCUUGACCGAGGACACACAGACAUCACUGUCUUUGUGCCAUCCUGGAGGAAGGAGCAGCCGAGGCCUGACGUCCCAAUCACAGGUAUGCGUUGAGCACAUGGACACAGUUAAGUAGGUUGAUAGCAAGGGGAGUGUCUGUUUUCAUUUGACAUUGAGCUGAUGACUGAAUGCACUGGAUGGGAUAGAUCAUGGCUGACUCCUCUGCCUUGCCCACCCUCCACCCCACAUACUUUGAAAUGUCAGGUGAGGCUUGGCUGUCCCACCCAAAUAGUCACCCCAGUUGCCUCUUGGGUUGCCCUGAAUUGCCUCUACCUGACCAGAAGGAUGUCAAGAUGCACCAAGGUCAGAACUCCCCCUCCAGAAACACUCCAAAAUCCCACUCUGAACAUUUUCCUGAAGCGCUAUCAGCUUUCCUUACUACGACAAGUUCUAAUGACAAAGAUUCAGAAAAGGUAAAAGAAAAGAAAGUCUUUCAGACAGAACAUCAUUAAACUAUGGAACUCGUUCUCCCAGGAGGCCGCAAACCUCCUGUGAGGGCUCUUGUGCUCCAGUCCUUCUUGUGAGCUUCCCGUUGGGGCUUCUGGUUGGCCACUGUGAGAACAAGAUGCCAGGCUAGAUAGGCCAUUGGCCUGAUCCCCCAGGCUCACCAUAUGUUCCUACGUUAAAGGUUCGUGACUCUGGACAUUUCAUCUCUAAGACUUGCUUUAAUUUGGGUUCCCUCCACACACACCCGCAUUGCAUGUCCCAAGAGGAGGGUUCAAAUCAGACAAAUCUGUAGGGUGUGAUGUGGCAUCUGAGUGAGAGAGAGAAAGAGGGAAAGCUCUCAUUUGGAUGGGGAUGGAAGAAAACUGCUUGGGGGUGUGAGCAGCAGGCAGUGUUACCUAGGUCAGGCUGCGUCUGUCAGUUUCCGGCUCUAGAGAGUUGGCCUCCCCCAGCCUCCUGCCAGCUUGGCUUGAUCACGAAUUGUUCCGCAAAUGCCUGGCCCUUCCAAGAGCUGUCUUGGGCAGAGGGUGACCUUGGUGUGUCCUGUUGCAGACCAGCACAUCCUCCGCGAGCUUGAGGAGAAGAGGAUCCUUGUCUUCACGCCUUCCCGGCGCGUGGGGGGCAAGCGGGUGGUCUGCUACGACGACCGCUUCAUCGUGAAGCUGGCCUACGAGUCGGACGGCAUCGUGGUCUCCAACGACGUCUACCGCGACCUGCAGGCGGAGCGGCCCGAGUGGAAGAAGUUCAUCGAGAAGCGUCUGCUGAUGUACUCGUUCGUCAAUGACAAGUAGGUCCCUUGAGCGCUCAAGGAAAUUGGACUGGGGGGAGAAUGUGGCUGGACACAGAAUGGGAGAGAAGAGAUGAGGAACUCUUGGGAGUGUCCAGCCUACAUGGCUGCCAAGAUAAGCUUUAUUUGGGGCGAGGACAGCAGCAUGCAUGGUGGGGCCUUGGAAGCUAGACUUGGUCAGUGGAGAAUUGGGUCAGAAGGUGUGGUGGUGGCCAGGAGUAGGACUCAGGUGCCCUAUUCGUCUCCGGGGACAGCAGAACCAAAAUACACUGCCCCAUCCGUGCAAAAGGUUUGGGUGGGCAUGGCAAGGAGCUGGGCUUUCUCAGUGAUUCCUCCUGGGCACAAGCCCGGGAGGAGGGGGGCAAGGGAAACACCUCCCCGAAGAAGUUGGAACUACAACCCUUUUUUUCUUUUCAGGGGCCAUUUGGGUUUUCUGUAUGUCGCUGGCUGUGGUGGGAGGGGGAGAAUCAUGGCCUCUGGGAACGGCUGCUCUUGACCAAGGUGUGUGCUGCCUGCCUCCAGGUUCAUGCUUCCUGAUGAUCCCCUUGGACGUCAUGGACCCAGUCUGGACAACUUUCUGAGGAAGAAGCCGGUGGUUCCUGAGCACAAGAAGCAGCAGUGCCCUUACGGUAAGGCUGGUUUUCCCCACUCUCCAUUCACCCACCCCGGCACCAAACUCUCUCCCUCUUUCUUUCUCCCUCUCUCUGGGCCAGGAGGGUUUUCCAUUUUUCCUGCGGUACUUCUGCCCCACAUUCAACCCCUUUUCCCUUCCCUUUCCAGGGAAGAAAUGCACCUACGGCGUCAAGUGCAAGUUCUACCACCCGGAGCGCCUCAACCAGCUGCAACGCUCCGUGGCCGACGAGCUCCGCGCCAACGCCAGGCUCUCCCCGACCAGGGGUGUGCCAACGUCCAAGGAGGAGAGGGGGAGCCGGCGGCCCUCCCAGGUGGAAGCCUUGGGCUCCCUGCCCCCCGAGAGUGAGAAGACCCCCUUUCAGAAGGCUUCCGUGGACAAGAAAAGCUCCACCCACAAAGCCAAGCACGGGGAAGGCCCCACACACCUCCUGCUCAAAGGGGCCCCUCAUAAGAGCAGUGGCGGUGGCACCUACCGGCCUACAGAGUGGUACCAGCCGCCGCCUCCUGCCUCUCCCCACAUGGACUCCCUCUCUUACGUGUCUCAGGAGCAGUUUGACUCUGGCAUCGGCUCCCUGGAGAGCCAGCUGUCCGAGAUGUGGCCCAGCCCCCCAGGCAGCCACAACACUCACCCCCACCACAGCAGGGGGCAGAGGCCCACCUACCCGCACCCUCUGGGCCCUGAGUCAAAUAGCUACAACUGCUACCAGCCCCAGGGCUACCACAAGUCUGUUGCGGGCUCAGGCGCUGGCUUCUUGCCCUACAACCCAGAGGUGCCUUCCUCCUCUGCCAGGGCCCUCCCUCCCUCCCUGCCCGGAUACAGCCUGCCUGCUGACUCGAGGGCUUCUCUGGGGCCCAAGUACUGGUCUGAGCCCUACCAGCCAACAGCCCCCAGGGAGGGGCUGAGGGGCCACCAGCUGCCCUACGACAAGGCCUCCUGUCAGUGGGCCGCAACAGACCACUUUGCCAAGGAGCGGGCCAACGUUCACACCCGCCUGUGCGGGAUCUUCCACCCUCACCUGGUGGACGCGGUCAUGAGCCGCUUCCCGCAGCUUCUCGACCCCCAGCAGCUCGCUGCCGAAAUCCUCACUUACAAGUCCCAAAACCCCGGGGUAUGAGGUGGAGGGAAAGCAGUGGUUCGGCCCUGGAGGGAGGAAGUCCUCUUCUUGUAUUGCAGGGGGCUGGACUAGAUGACCCGUAGAGUCCCUUCCAACUUUUAUAAUUCUGCGAUUCCCCUGGGAAGGUCCUUCACAAACACCAGCUGAAGCUUUGAGGCCUGAACGGGCCAGUGAGCAAUUAGGAUGAGGAGGGACAACCUUUCCCUCCCCUUAAAGCAUUUGUUCAGAGGCAAGGCUUGUUCUUCCCAUAAGAGCAAUGGCACAUCCGGGCAAGGGUGAAGUUGGCAAAAGGGGAUCACAGGCUCUCCCAUAACUUUGCUGUGAUUUAAAAAAAACAAAAAACUUCUGACAACUGGAAGCCCUGAGAGCACUGCCUGUGCUCUGACUGCCCUCCUGCCUUCUCCCAGCUUUCAAAGGGCACCCACACUCCCCUGACCUCCAGAACUGGAGGAGGAGGCCUCUCUCGAUAUGGGGUGGAGAGUUCAGUGCUCGCUACUCCUCUAGAGGCUCAGUCUUGGUGACUGGCAAGUCCGAUAUUAACGGUUAUAGAUACUUUCGGUAAUGAAUAUAUAGCAAUUGCUCCUGGUUCCUGCUUAUAUAUUUUUUAAAAAAUAAAGUGUGUGAUUCACUUGCAGGACAGGAGCAGUUGAUCUGUUGAUGCAUAUUGUAUCCCUCUGUAUACGUUAUGUAUUCUUCCGUGUGGUCCUUCUAGUGGUUGACGCUGAAGCCAUCCCAGGUGGCAGCUGGCAGAAGGGAGAGAGCAGAGCACAAGACCCCCUGCCCCAUGAGUGGGUUUUUCUGGGGGGAAGGGAUUGCUGUGACCUGCUCCUUCUUUCUCCCACGUGCCAAAGGGAUAGGUCAGCCAGGCUAGCACCGUGUGCUGCAAGAGCCACCUGGACCCAGAAAACCCCGUAUGCCUGGUUAUAUUAUGAUACAUCACGGAACAGUGGUGUUUCAUGUUAGUAAGCAAAAUGCUUUUUAACUAUUGUUUGUAAUCUUAUAACUUUGCACAUUUUGUAAAUUACGUGAGAGUUUGGUUUUUAAUGGGAUGGGAUUCCUGGAUGAUGCUGGUUUUCCUUCCUUCUGAGGUCGCUGUCCCAUAAUUAGGAGUGGGCUGUUUUAAAGUGCAUGGAACAGUAAAAACACUUUGGAAUGUCUUGUGAUCUUUCUUCUUCCUCUUCCUCUUCCUCUUCUUCCUCCUCCUCCUUCUUCUUCUCUCUCUCUCUCUCUCCCUCUGAAGCAAUAACAACCGAUUGUGAUGCACAAAUAAAAGGCCCUGGUUGUUCACAUCA